GUACCGCCUCUCCAAUAAAACCCUAAAAAGUUGUGGCCAUUUAAUGUUUAAAUAUAAAAGAUUAAUGGAAGACUUCCCCGAACCAACAAAAAAUCAAACAACCCCAACAACUUCAAGAAAACAUCAUCAUCCUCAUAAUCCGCAUUGUGAGGACCAUUUGGGGGAAUUCCAUAGCCAAUUUUGUGAACAAGAUUUUCAGAGGCAAUUGGAUGCUGUUGGGUGA